AUGUUUAUGUGUGCCAUUUCAGAGCAAACCUGUGGUCGUCAUGAAGUUUUUCUAGAGUGUGGAAGUGCGUGCCCGGAAACAUGUGAUACGAUUAAUUCGGACGAGAUCCUAAUAUGUGUUCCGAUGUGCGUUAGUGGAUGCUUCUGCAGGAAGGGAUUCGUACGUAAUGCGGAAGGUCAAUGUAUUCGACGGUGGAAGUGUCCUACACAAUGCGGUAAUAACGAAGAAUACACAACAUGUGGAAGCGCUUGCCCCCCUAAUUGUGAAAAUUUUCCUGAAAAUGUGGAGUGUCCUGAAAUAUGCCUUGUAGGAUGUUUUUGCAAGCCCGGAUUUGUGCUAAAUGCUGAGAAUGAAUGUAUCUUGCGUUCAGAAUGCCCCGAACCGGAACCAUUGUGUGGCAAGAAUGAAGACAAUGAACCCAAGCUGUCGGAAUGCUUACGAAAUAAUAGCCGGAUAGUGAAGGUUAGAUGUCAGUUUGGAAUCAAGUACGAUAUUGGGGUCGCUGACUUGAUCUACCCUCCGGAGAAUAUUCCCGUCCAUGUUAUAGUCGAAGAUAGCUGGGCUCUGGAUGCGGUGGAAUAUGAUUAG